AUGCACUACAAACUGGUCCUCCGGCUUGCGAUCGUCGUGAUCGUGGCCGUGUCUGCUGCCAGCGAGGGAACCGUUUUCACCGAUGAAAGUUGUCGCCAGUCGGAGGCGCUUGUUUUCUACCGCAUCAAGCUGGUGACCAGCUGGUCGAAGAAACUGUUUCCAAAACAUUAUCCCGAAUUCAGACCGCCCCCACAUUGGAGUAUGACUUUCGGUCAAACGCAUAACGACAGCUUUCGGCUGUUCGAAAUGAAGCAGCCGGCGUCGGUGUCGGUGGCGACCUUCGCGGAAACGGGUCAGGUCGGUUCGUUGGAGGACUCUUUGGCGCAACAGCAGGACGUUCUGUUCGACGAGUUUCGCCUGCCGAAGAUCCGCAAGGGGAAAGGUGAAAGUGAGGCAACGUUCUUCGUUGAUGGACCGCACCCGAGUGUUUCGUUCAUGACCAAGAUCGUACCGUCGCCCGAUUGGUUCGUGGGAUUAGAUUCGUUCAGUUUGUGUUCCAGGGGCCGCUGGAUGGAAAAGGUGACGGUUCCGCUGCAUCCUCUGGACGCUGGCACUAGCAGCGGACUGACGUUCACCUCACCGAAGUGGCCAACGAAUCCACGAGGUGUUAUCGAGCGCAUCACCGCCAGGUAUCCGUUGCAUUUUGCGAGCAGCUUUUUCUAUCCGGAAAUCAAACAUCUUCCACCGAUAGCGCACGUCACGUUCACGAAGAUUAAAGAAUAUGCCAACCGCAACAAUGUGCACAAGAAGGUGAAGAAACUGAAGCACAAACAGCGCACGAAACUACUCAAACGGCUCAGUCAAGAGACGCACCGAGCGGAGGCAAACGCCGAGGCGGUCCAAGGACUGAACGCCGUUCGAGACGACAGUGACACCAGUUCCGAUUGUCGCGUCACCGCUUGGUCACCGUGGAGUCCUUGCAGCAAAACGUGUGGGCUAGGCAAACGGAAUCGGUCCCGAAGCGUCCUGCAAACCCAACGCGCCAGCGGUCGCGAAUGUCCACCGUUGAUUGAAACGCAAUGGUGCGGCUCCGCACGACAAUGCUCCGUGAUUGACAACUACUUCCGGUGGUGAAGGUUUGCUAAUAAAUGU